UCACAAACACUCGUGUCACUGACCUCCACUGUAUUUACAGACUGAACCAGCUAAUCAGAGAAGAGCACACUGUUACUGUCUGACUUUGGUUCUCGUUCGUGUUCUUCUUGUCAAGUCGCUGCAGCUGCAUGAUGUACACCAAAGGAAACUCAUGUGAUGGUCCGGAACUCCACUGUUUCAUAUGUUCCUCAUCGUCUAAAUCAUCAACAGCAGCUUUAACUCCCAGCUGCUGCUCCUUCGAUGACUACAAACUGACCACCGAGUGGCUCCUGAACCAGACGAGUCAUCGUCCCAAGGUGGCGGUGAUCUGCAGCUCAGGACUCGGCCUGCUUGCCGACGGAGCUGCCAAUAAACAGACCUUCAGGUACCAGGACAUCCCCAACUUCCCUGUUAGCACAGUCCCAGGUCAUGAGGGCUGUCUGGUGUUUGGGACGAUCGAGGACACGCCCUGUGUCUUCAUGCAGGGUCACUUCCACCUGUACGAAGGUUACUCGCUCUGUCAGGUCACAUUUCCUGUCAGGAUCUUUAAGCUGAUGGGAGUGGAGUCUGUGCUGGUGACGAACGCAUCAGGAGGAAUCUGUCCAGACUUUAAGGUUGGUGACAUCAUGAUCAUUAAGGACCACAUCAACUUGCCGGGGUUCGCUGGACAACACCCACUAUGUGGACCCAACGACGAGCGGUUUGGCAUCAGGUUUCCCUGUAUGUCGGACGCCUACAGUAAGGACCUGAGGCGCCUGGCGCUGGACGUGGCCUCGGAGCUGGGCUGCAGCGACUGCAUCAGAGAGGGUGUUUACUGCAUGGUGAGCGGACCCAACUUUGAAACCAUCGCUGAGGCCAGAAUGCUGCUGAUCCUCGGUUGUGACUCUGUGGGUAUGAGUACAGUUCCUGAAGUGACCGUGGCAAAACAUUGUGGACUCAGAGUUCUUGGUCUGUCGCUGAUCACCAACAAGGUGUCAGUGGACUACAGUCGGGAGGAGAAGGUGAACCAUGACGAGGUUCUUCAGAUCAGUAAAAUGAUGGCGGAGGUUCUGCAGAAACUCGUCACCACGCUGAUCUGUCGCUUCCAGCAGCAAAGCAUCAACACACACUGAGAGACGAAGAAGAACAAGGCAUCAUUAACUCCUCCAGCACCGUCACUGCCCAGCGUCUGUCAGCUCUGCUGUUCACGGUCAACUCUUACUGAGUCAACAAUAAAACCUUUCAAAGUC